UGCAGUCCAUGGGAUAAUAACACAGCUCUGAAGUGAUAGAAUAACUUGAGAUUGCUGUGUAAAUUGGACUAACUGAUGCACUUUUAAAAACAUAAUUAACUUCAGACAGACUGCGCCCUUCCUGUAAUUAACCAUCCUCUAAUGAAUGGGUCUUCUGAUCAAGUGGAGACAGAGAAUACUACAUCAGAAAGUUUGAUCUUGAAAAGCAGACAGGCUUCCCUAAUCUACUUCAGGAGGGGCAUUCCCGGAGGAUUACUCUUGACAGUAGUGCUGAGGAAUUUCCAGAGCUACAAACGGCACGAUGCAAGUGUUGGUUUGUGUUUUAAUUUUCUAAAAAGUUUAAACAUUGGGUGAACCGUACAGCAUGCAAUCAUAUAUGCAAAACACAGUGAAGAAGAACUUUAAUGUGAAAUAGUGACUUACACUUCCCAUUAUGCACAGGGCGGACCAGGACCACCCUGCGUUUGUCCUGCAUAUUUUUUAAUUUAAACAUAUAGGCAAAAUCUGAAACGUCAAACACUUGGCUAACGAUUUAAACAUUUUAAACUCCAAACUAGUAUUGACACCUCUAGAAAUAGUAUACCCCCAAAAAAACAUUUUAAAAUACCAGCAAAAAAGUGUCUCUUUUUUUAAUAGUAAAAGAUAGAUGGAGAGAGAUCACUUUGGAGUUUCAACACCUUGUUGGGAGCGGGGGCAGAUUUGCUUUCCUUUGCAUACCGUUUAGUAACAUUUUACACUGAAAGCAAAACCUUCAGGAGUCUGCAGUUUCCCAUCCAGAGGUACAAAAAAAAAAAAAAAAAAACCCCAAUCCGUCAAGAUUGUCCCGAGACUCCCAGCGGGACACCUGGAAUGAAUAAAAACCCAGAUGUGCACAGACUCCUCCCCCUCUCUUUGUGAAAGCAUUGCAGCCUGAUUCAGAGUGCCUCACUCGCACACAGCCAGACGCUGGUACAGGACGGAGCCACGCUGACUAGCCUCUCCCCAGCACCAUGGCACUCCGAGCACUGUGUCUCCUUGCUGCCCUCACCCUGGCCUGUGCCCAGCACCAGCCUCUGAUGGAAUACAUUGAGAGAAGGAUUCUCUCAAUAGAGGACCGGAUCUCGGCGUGGCACGACAACACGAACCGUUACGCCGUGGAGCUGCGUGAGUUCAAGCAGCAGAUCGUGGCCCUGAUGGAGACCCUCGAGAAGGAGCGGCAGGGACUGCGCAACGAGCUGGACAACACCAACACGCGCGUGGAGCGCAUGGAGCGAGAGCUGGACUUCCUGGAGACGCAGAACCACGCCCCGCCCUGCGUGGAAGUGGACGACAAGCUGGUGGAGCAGCAGGUCAGAAAGGUGAAGGAGAAGAACAAGGUGAAGUACGAGAGGCUCACAGACUGCAGGGACAUGAUAUCCAGCAUCAAGUCCAUGAAGAUCCUGAAGAGGCUCGGUGGUGCGACGGGUGUGUGGGCCAAAGACCCGGUCGCACAGUCGGGGGAGAUCUACGUCUUCAACAACUCUUCCGGGGACACGCUGCACCAUUUCAAAACGGUGCGCGACUUCACGGCUUCUGCAGGAACCUCGCGGGCCAAGAAGAUCAAGCUGCCCUUCCCCUGGGGCGGCGCGGGACACACCAUCUACGACGGGCACGUCUACUACGUGAAAGAGGGGCAGGACUUCCAGGUCAUCAAGUACGACCUGAAGAACGAGACCGUGGUGGACAGCGUCGUCUUCCCGGCGGAGGAGCAGGUCCCCGUCUACGGGCUUUCCCCCGAGACCUUCAUCGACCUGGCCGUGGAUGAGGAAGGACUCUGGGCCAUCUACGCCACCAAGGAGAACGAGAAGAACAUCUGCCUGGCCAAGAUGGACCCCAAGACGCUGGCUAUCGAGGAGAUGUGGGACACGCCCUGCCCCCGGGAGAACGCUGAGGCGGCCUUCGUCAUCUGUGGCACGGUGUACGUGGUCUACAACACCAAGCUGCCCAGCCGCUCGCGGGUCCAGUGUGUCUUCGACGUCAGCGACAUGGUUACCAACGACGACGCCCCUUUGGUCUACUUCCCCAGACGCUACAGCUCCCACGCCAGCCUCAAGUACAACCCCCGGGAGAGGCAGAUCUACGCCUGGGAUGACGGCUAUCAGAUUCUCUACAAGCUUGUCCUGAAGAAGAAGCUGGAGGUGUGAACCCCACAAGGGCUCCUAGGAACUGGGGGUGGGUGGGUGGGUGGGUGGGGAGCCAGGCUGGUUCUGCCCUCUCCAAACAGUACACUAUCACAUGUAAUAUAACGCAAAGCCACUGGUAAUGAAUUUUUUUUUUAGAAGGUACUUGGUGCCAUGGGGCCUCUGUUUCCCGUCACCAGGGACUGUGUUAGCUGGUCUUAGCUCGUCACAAGGACUGUAGAGCGGUUUCACAGAAUGGGACUUAACUCUUUCUGUAUCUUUACCACUUGCCCUCCUCUCUCACCAUUGACAAUGCUAUUCAGUGACAUCACUUACUGUUCAUGGUGCUGUGUUUCUGCCAAGCAUUUGAAAGGUGUUGUUUGUUUUUUUGCAGAUCACCCGUUAAUGGAACAAAAAAUGCUAUUCAUAUCAAAGAAUUUUUUUUUUCCCAAUUGUAUUCCUCUGUACUUUUUUGUAUGUAUUUUUCAAGGAUACAAGGUCUUUUUGUAGAAAAAUUUAAAUCAAUAAAUAGUGACUAAACAUCUA